AUGCAAUAUUUUAUGUUUAAUUUAACAAAUCCAAGUGAUGUCCAGAAUGGUAGUAAACCGUCAGUUAAUCAACUUGGACCAUAUUCAUACAGGUUUGUCAUACAAUAUUUUGGAAUUCCGCGCAAAAUUACCCCAACAUCGCGGAAUUGUGUCAAAUAUUUGAACUUAAAAGGUUGUUCUUUUCAAAUUUUCCUUUUCUUGGUAUAUUUUUCCUUACUCACUGAUAUUUCUUCCGUGUAUUCCCUGCGUUAUUUGAAGUGGAUUUCUAGAAAUAGCGUAUAAAUGAUCUGCAUUUUUAGUAAUUUCUUUAAUAAUUAUUUACAAUUCUGUUUGAUAGUCUGUAUAUAGCAUAUUCUUGGGUUUCACUACGGCAUUGUGCAGUCAAUCUGACGGGGGUCAACCUCAAAUGUAUUGAAUGAUGCUUAUGCUGUACUGGAGUGAGAAAAAGAUACGAAAUUUCACGCAUUUGCCACCAAACACAAGGCUAAUACAUAAAACGAACAAUCGACUCACUCUGAUAACUGGGUUUUGUUUUAGAGUUGACCCCCCGUCACUUUUGUGACGUCAUAUGAAACCCAAGAAUAGAAGUGUAUCCAUUAAAAAGGAUAAUUCAGGCAAAAAUUGUUUUAUUUUCGAACGUACCUCUAACGUAAUGGAAUGUCCAAUUAUUCACAAAGUUUCCAAGAUGUAUUUAUAAAUAUCUGAAGUGUGACGUGUGCAUCAUAUAUAGGAGAAUUCCCAGAGAUUAUUGAAAAUUAGUGUGGUUACAUCAAGGGGCGAUAAUUCGAGAUUUUUCGUUGUUCCUCAUUGGUACUUUACUCCAAUGAUUGCUGCCGCGUAUACUAAAGCUAACCGUAAAUAGGUUCAAGGUGCAUACGUACCUAUAAGGUGUAUACAUAUAAAGCACAUGCAGUUUAAAAGGUAACCUGAAAAUACAAGUUAGACAAGAGGGAGGAAUCCCAUCCUGUCCCAUCAGACCAAUCAUGUUUCAUGUCGGAGAUGUCAGAUAUACGGAGUGAAUAAGUUUGCUGGUCAUGGUACAAUCGGAACCUCUCUGUUGAUGUACAUGCAGUAUAAGUAUCAACCUGUUACAUACUCAACAAGAUAUUUUUAUUUCUUUAGAGAAAUUCGGCAUAAUGUUCCACGUUACUUCAACCACAGUAUUGAUACUGUAGCUUACUACUCGGAAAAAGCUUAUGUGUUUGAUCGUGCUACCUCGUGUGCUGACUGUGAUCCUACGGUUGAUAAAGUUUAUACCAUUAAUAUUCUUUUACUGGUAUGUGAACUUCACAACUCUUCAGUUAUUCCUUAGUUAGUACUAUGAUAACAUAUCAUGCAACUGCCUCGUCUACAAACGUCUGUCAGUAAUGAACUACAGCAAAUAAGCUAGCUGAAGGGAUUUGGAUGCGAGGCAACGCGCAAGGGGCGUGUUUAGAAAUCCACCACUAAUGCAAAACCUAUAGUCAAGUGCGUUGCUCCAGCGACACAUUACUAUUAGUUGGCUAUAGCUGGGCUUGGUGGAAUAUUUCAUCUGAUGCCAUUUUUAGUGCAAAGUUACUUGUUACUUGUUGUUAUGGGAGGAAAUUCAAUCGAGUGACUGAUCAAUGGAUGGAUGUAGUAAACAAUCCGGGGGGAGCUUGCAAAUGAUAUUUUCUGUUACGUUUUCUAGAGCUUCGCGAUGUUUGGCUAACUAAUUGUUUAUGACUGCAUGUUUAUACAGUAGAUUAUAGUGUAGUACAUGUUCUUACUUAUUUUAUUCAAUAUUUAGAGAAGCUAUAACCAAAUUACUAUCAAGGAUAUUUGUUUGAAAUUUUCCCGAUCCGGCCGAUCGCUGAUUUUGAAAUUGUGUUUUAUAUCUGUUUAAAACUUUAUAUGUGUUUUAUAGUCGAAUAUGCCAACAGCUACAAUACUAUUUAAUAUUUUUCAUAUGAUUUUAGAGAACUGCAUGUGCAUUGUGUAGUAGGAAAUAAGUAAGCAUUUCACUAGUCAAUUAAAAUGUCAUAACAAUUACCUGUGGAACACAUCCAACCGUUCACUGCAGUGUGAUCAUUCGAAAAAUUUAUUCUCAUUAGCAAGUAAGGAAGGUUUUGGCUGGACGAUAUGAAAGAACAGGCCCUAGUGGACAUUAUAACAUAAUAAAACUCUGACCUUUUUAUUUAAACACAAUAUCAGAAUUCCGGCACUCGUCAAUGUUUCAAUCCUUUAUUAUUUUCUCUACUGUUUAUUCAAAGCGCGCGUUAGCCCGCAAAUCGCAGGCUUCAACACUGAGCUAUACAGUAUUUCAUAUGUAAUGCAAAUACAUAACUUCAAUAAGACCCGCGAUGGGCUCCUGUGCCAUCAGCAAGCUUCAAUACGUCGCUUUCCGUCUGCCUAAACUUUUCCUGCAAUGCCCACUCUAUUCUUUUAUAAUUUCUAUGUUCCACCCAUAGAUACCACAUUAGACUUCGCUAAUGCUUUCAUUUCCCCGUGUGGAAUUCGGGGAUAAGAAUAAAAUUGAACAAGCAAUCAAAUAUUCAAAUAAUGUGGAAAAAAAUUCUCUUUCCCGCUAUCACAUGCAGUAUCAACUAGUUUAUAUUUAUUCAGCCUGCUAAUCCAAGAAACUACCAUAGCCACGCAAUGGUGCGGUGGUGCGCAAAUGGCCACCACCCGUUGCUUGCCUCGCCCCCCUGAAAAAACAUGACUGGAUCCACCACGGUAAGAAAUUUAUGUGUAUCCGGUUCUUUUGUUUAGAAAAUAUCCCAGUUGCUUGGAAAGGGGCUGAAUUUAUUACCACCACCCUAUCGUCCAAUUAUUCAACCGAUGAUAAACUCGUUUCUUAAGCACGAAAAAGUGUUUCCUGCAAGAUCAGUACAUGAGUUGCUCUGGGGUUAUGAGGAUUAUAUUUUGCUCUUUAUUGAUAAUUUCACUAUGGCGCUUAACGAACAGCUUUACGAGAAAGGAUUUAAAUUUAACGUCUCUCUAAUAAACCCAGUUGUCAAGCUGCAG